GGCAGUCUACACACACUUAGCUGCUACAUGCAUGCAACAACACACACACACGGCGGAGAUGGCGGGGAGAAUGGAGAGAACUAAGCGCUCCAAGGUGUGGUUAAACUUUACCCGACUCGAUCUGGACAAUGCUCGUUGCCAAAUGUGCAAUAAGAAUUUUGCAUGUAAGGGCGGUAACACGAGCAAUUUGUCUAAACAUUUAGCAAAAGUGCACCACAUUCAGUGGGAGAAAUGCACCGUUUUCGUUUCUAGUAGCGCUGUAGCCCCAUCCACGAGUAACGUUUCCACGUCAGGUUGCAUCACGUCUGACCCAGUUCAGACCUCCUCUGACCCGGUUCAGACCUCCUCUGACCCGGGUCAGACCUCCUCUGACCCGGUUCAGACCUCCUCUGACGGUCUGUGUAAACUGGUCCGCUGGGCUCACAGCCACGGCACCAUCUGCAGCCUCCUCCCCAGCCUGCAGCAGCUCACCUCCCACGGUACAGCGCUGACAACAGAACCCGGUUCCCACGGCAGCAGCAUCCCUGUCGCCGUGUGGAGUUGUGCCGAUGGACACGCAUACUACUGGCCCCUCAGUGAGCAUAGCAAUGCUAACGGAGGCUCAGGCCAUACUAGCAAUGGUCCGGAGAGGUUUGUUGGAGGGCGUCCAUCCAAUAAGGUGACAGUAAAGGCGUCAUGUGACCUGUCCUAUAGUGAAGCAGCAUCACAGGGGGAACAGUUCAGCAGUGGAUGUGAUUCGUCGGCAAUGGCCGAAGAUGAUGACUAUGAGCCACGCCCAUCCAGAAAAAGAGGUGGGGCAACGGGAGUAGCACUUCCUGUGAAGAAGGUCAAACAGGAAGCAGACUCUGCAGAGGAUUGUGACUCUGGCAUGUAGGGCUGGCAGUGAAAGACGUUGCAUCACAGGCUCAGGGCGCCAGAUCUGGGGGGGCGCUGGUAUCUCUGAGAGGAGGAAAAACUCCUUUUGACUGUUUGAGCUCAUCCUAAUUUUCGGCCAUGAUGUAACAACAUUCAUAAUUAAGUAAAGGUAACACCCUUUUCACCCCGGUUACACGUUUCAUUUGCCCUGUACGAUUGGCGCUGUUGGCUUAUCAGGCGCCCGCAGCUCACAGCCAAAGGGAGAGAGAGAGAGGGCGCACCGGGACCGGCGGGAAUUGUGUUGUUAGCAUCUGGUGCUGAAAAAAAGGCAGAUCAUAUACAAUGUGAAACAGAAGCCUACAAUGCAACAUGUCUGUGGUCCUUAACUUGUUUACACGUUGUUAUCAUUUUCUUUUUCCCUAUCUUGUUCGUGAUGAUCGUCAUGUGGCUGCACUACAUUGUCAUCAGAUUUCUGUUGCUGUGGGGGUAGACUUUCUGCCCCAGUUCUAAUCAGUUUCUUCUUUCUGGAUGGUUGUUAAAAAUCUGCGCUAAAUCCUGACUGAAAAAGCUAUUGUUCCAGGACUUUUUGUUUAAAGAAAAGGCAGAUCAUAUACAAUGUGUAUGGGUUUGUUCUGUUCUGGUCACUCACACCACUUAAUAACUAAGUGACUCUGACUUUAGUCAGAUAGUCUAAUUGAUAGUGGACUUUUACAUAUUUAAGGAUCAGUGGUUCAAAAAAUGUUUUUCUAUGCAAAGUAAUACAUUUUAUUGAUUGUGUUGUUUUGUGUGUUGCCGAAAGCUGUUUUACAUUAAAGCACCAAAAAUACUGAGUA